CGGUGCUAGGCAUUGGUGACUGGCUGGCCGUCAGUGAGGACGCAUCACGCACACUCACACUGCUGUGUAGCUGGAGGUGCAGACAUGGCUGGGACAUGCUGCUGCGUCUUGGUGUGGCUGGCCUGCCUAGGCAGUUUGAGUGCUGCCUUCUCUGCUAAUGGAGGGAGAGUGGUUGUGGCCAAAGCGGCAGGUGGGAUGGAGGUGUCUGGCGCCGAGGCUCUUUGCGCCUCCAUUGGCAGCCGCCUCUCUACACUGGCAGAGAUGAGCAACUUCGUGUCCAAGUGUGGCCUGCUUGAGUGCCGGCCGGCAUGGCUGUCCGACGGCAGCCUCAGGACGGCCGGCUGCGGGAACAGCAGUGAAGGCCUACAGGAGGACGUGGCGCUGCCUCCCCAGCCACCACCGCCGUCGCCCCAAGGCCCAGUGGCCGGAGUCACGAUCCGCCCCAGGGGCCUGACCUCCAGCCUCGCAUUCUGCUUCAUCCUGCCCGGACAGCCAUGUGGCGACCCCCCCGUAUUCCCGUCGGCACGUCUGGAUGAGGAGGAGAUGGGGCAGAGGGAGAAGGGGGGGGCGCAGCCAGAGCUCCACUACAUCUGCCAGGACGGUCAUAUCAUGGCUGGCGGAGCUCGCUCCUUCUCUCUGGCGUGCGAUCCCCAGUGCGGGCAGUGGCAGGGAGCCGUGCGGCCCUGCGUGCCCGAACACGUUGCCAUCCACCUUGACUACAACGUCGAGGAGGUGGGCGUCACGGACUGGGCUGAUCAACUCGAGGCAACGCAUGGAUCCCAGAGUCCAACUCCUGCAGAAGGACUGGGCCCACUCAAUCCGCUGCAUGAGACACGUGCGGCCGAAAGGGAAGUUUCGUUCGUUGCUGCCUCCAAUGAAUCGGAGCACGGUCACUUAGUGGAGCUUCUACAGGAAAAUAUGGAAUAUGAUAAGCAAGAGGAGGAGGGGGAGCAGAAAGAGGAAGGAAGCAGACGCCCUCCUGACUUCUCAUUGGUCACCAACAGUGUUGGCAUCAAAACUGGCUCACGAGGUCUCAGCACCAAGGUUUGGGAGAACAGGAGGGUCACGGUGACUGAAGAAAUGCCCAUAAAUGUCCCUUGGCUACGUGGGGAGAGACUGCCAUCUGGAACGUCCGAGGAACGAGAUAUAGGAACGGACGUGGUCCCAACGUACGAAUCUUCACCGAAUGCAACACAAGUUCAUUCCCAUCCCUACGUCGCAGAAGUCUCGUCCGCAAUGCCCGUCACGCAAGACCUCCGUUCCGACCUCGUGGGUUUCCCCAUCGCCUCCACGAAUGCGGCGAACCUCCACCCGGCGCCGACCGAUUUCACAGCGCGCAGCGGCAACCCGCCGGCUUCCCUGUCGCCUUCGCCACCGCCGCGCACAACGGCGCCGCGGCGGGGCAGCACGGUGGCAUUGCCCGAAGGCGGCACGCGGUCCACAACGUCCGCCCUCGCUACCGAGAGCGAGGGUGGACGCCGGGCAAAGAUGAACCCGGUGGGGAGCGGGUGGCCCGGCCAGGGGAUCCCGUGGCCCUCGGCGGAGCCCGUGAUCGAGGCGCACACCGUCCAGGCGGGUGAGAGCGGCCGUGCAUUGCAGACGACACCGCCGCCACCGCAGGCCUGCGUGGGGCCGCUGUGCGCGCUUGGCGGCCAGCAGCAGCAGCGCACGCUGGUGGUGGCGGCCGGGGCCGUGGUCGCCGUGUGCGCACUCGUGGCUCUGGUCGUGCUCGGGCUGUGGUGCCUCCGGAAGAGACAGCGCUCGGCCGAGUGUCAGCUCAACGGCGGCAAGGGGAAGGCGGCGCAGAGCGAGAGCGUGGAGAUGCAGCGGACUGUGUGAACGAGCACAAACCCUGGGUCAACAUAGAACGUUGGGCCGACGUUGGACCGACAUUCGUCCAAUGGUUUCGACCAGAUGCCAACAUUGGCCCAACGUUGACAUGUUUGCCGGGACGGCCCUGUGUCCGGAGUGCAGUGGUAUCACAGCUUUGAUUGUUCUCUUCGGCGUAUUCCCUGGAUGUUUAAAGGAAUUGAUGUUUUAAUAGCUCGGAGUGCCCAACGACUGUGUGCAUGUAGUUACCAACCACAUGGCACAGAAUGUGGUGAUGGCAGCUGAGUUAUUCUCUGUUCGCUGGACUGUGACCAUGUUGAUGUUCACAAAGCAUGACUUACUGGGUUUCUGUUUACUCGGUGAAACCACGACGCUUAUUUAAAUCAACAUGAUAUUUGGAUAAGUUGAGUAACUUUCUUUUCCCAAAACUCUUUAACAGCCACUGUGAUCGAUUCAUUAUCAUUUUUACAGUCGCGAUUAAUGCAGUAGAUAAGCAUCGUGAUUGGAUGGACUCUUUCUUGCCCAACUAAUUUUGACUUCAAACAUAUUCACUGUAUUUUGAAUAGCUAUGUAAACGACGUGGAGCUUUUGAGCCUGCUUACAAAAAUAAUAAGAUUUUUGGAAAUUCUUCUUGACUCAAUGUUUAUAAAAUCUUAUUUUCUGAACAAAUUCCUAUCCAAUGACAACAUAGUUAAUUGGAAACCCAGUUUGUGAUGUCAUGAUCGUAAAUGCCUACGUCAUGUGAAUAGAUGCACUAUUCCGGUGCCCGAUAUGCUUUGUUUCUUCAUGUUUCACAUCAAGGUUGCAGAAUGACAUUUUAUUGUUUUAUUUUAUUUAUAUUUUCAACACCCAACAACCAGUACAGAAACACAAAGCGCCGGGGUGCACACCUUCCCAAGUGGCACACAAAACCGAAUGUGUACGUUUUUUCAUACAUACUGCUGAGGCCAGUGUUUCCACGCACCUAAGGAGAGAGAGCUUGACAGUCGCCCAACCAUUGAGGUCGCUCCUAAAGGGUGGGUGAAAACUCAGGGCGAGACGAACCCCGGCGACCCGAGGUCGAUCCCCGCUCACGGCCACCAACACCGGUCACGAUUAUCUGAACCGGUCCUGGGCCUCCCCUAGGUUGCUAUGUGGAAACAUCGCCACGAGGGAGACAAAGGUGGCCGGGCGUGGUGCUGGCCACCCACCCCCUCGUGUGCUGUCCCGGCCUUCAUAGGUGCUUGCUAACAGCACUUGCCCCAAAAGUCUGUUAAAGCUAUACUGGGGAUUUAUGUUUUGGAGUGGUGAGAGAGUUACCUUAGCAAAGUGGUUCAACUGUACUUAAUAAAUCUCAUAAAUCAGUAAUCAAUAAUUUCAUUACUAAUUAUUCUAUGGGUAUGAAAGUAAUAUGUAUAUUUCUAAACGUUUACUUGCGUUAUCUGAUUACUUUCAUGAUAACUUCAAACCAAUCUCCGAAACAGCAGUGCUGUAUUAUUGUUGGCUUUGUCUUAUAGCUCAAACUAUGAGCACAAUCAUUUUCUAUUCUCUUGAAUAUUGAAAACAUUUACAUCUGAAAACAGGUAUAACAUAAAUCAACACGUGUAUAUUAACUAAUGAUAAUAUAGUCAAAUACAGAAAGCAGAAUAAUAAUACAGGAUAACAAGUACUUAGAUUUUGAUUUAAAGCUUUCGUGACUGCAGGGAUUAAUAUUCUUGGUUCUUUCGGUAAAGUCACGUCGAAGGGAAAUAAGUACUUAGAUAUUCGCACCUGAUUACAUUAUCACGUGACAUGCAAUUAAUUAUUCCCUGUCACCGCAUUUGUGUCUGCAUUGGGAGACCACAAGCUAGAUAAAUAAAAACAAAACGUUCCCAUGCCCAUAUGAACAUUGAGUGUUAUACAGGUAGGAACAAUAGUUCCACACUGCCCACCAGGGUGUAUUUGUCUGUCUGUCGUGCAUAGCCACGCCCUCGAUUUGUAUUUCAUAGAGCGCUUCGGGCGGGCUCAGCACCACGUGACGCGCCGCCCCACGCAGCUUGCGCCACGUGACACGGAUCACACGAAUGCGCUGUCCAACCAAGUUCCUACCUGCCCACUCCAAAGGAACGUGUUAAUUCCCUCAUUUGUUAUGCCUCACACUGUAGUUUAAAUUCCGCAUGCCUAUGGCAGGGGUCAGUAUUUCCUGAGGAUGACCGCUGCUGACUACUCACGAAGUGGUACCCGUUUUAUGCAUCAUGCGGUUCUGAUUACUAAUUAGAAUCCAACUAAUGGACCUAGAUUUAUAGAAUGGUGGAAAAAUGUUGACUCGGUAAUUUCCUCCUGAUUGAGAAUUCCGAACGUUUCACAACACCAUCUGAUGAAAGGGAGCAAUGGCCGAUAACUGAAACGGACCAGUUGGUCUGACAGCGCCACCCAGCAGAAUUAUAAACAAAUUAUACCUAUUUUCCACCUGUGCUAAAACAUAUCAACCCCGCCCCUGGCCCUGCUUGGCCUUGAGCCAGAUUCAUAUAUCUUGUGAGGCCAGAGUUUCAUGCUUUGGUCCUAUAAACUACCUGAGGGCGAGACGACCCUGCCUUUCGCGAGUCCCAGGCACAGCUGGCCCGGCUGUCAAUACCUGGGCCCCUCCGAGGGUUACGCGGUCUUCUCACUGCCUUGUGAGUGUCUUGGGAGAGGUUUUGUGACGCACAGUAGCACAUUCCCGGCAGCCCCUGCAGCCAAACUGGUACCAAACGUCGUGCUACGCACUCCUUUGGACCUCACCAACAAGGCUGAGGGGGGGGGGAUCCUGACGCAUGGGCAACCCAUGAUUUCUAGAGUAACCUGCCUGGGCUUUGCGCCAACAAGAGGUGCAAAAAUGGGGAGAGGACACUCCUCGGCCACCUAAUCGUGGCCAAAAAACACGGAUGGCAGCAGUCACGGGUUAUAAGCUCAUUUUGGAUUGGCGUAAAAAAUAGCCGCCACGGGUUGCAAUCGUCGGUGGGAGGGGUCAUUGCACCCCAAUGGAUAGCUACCGCACACCUCAAGCUGGGCAGCCCCUGGCCAAUAAGGUGCUUUCCUGCCACGGCUCACCUGCUCCAAUGGGUGCUUGGAGCUUAUGGUUCAUCACCAGACGAGUGGACUGCAACACCUGAAACAGACAAAAGCAAAACAAAAGGAAAGAAGGUACCAGCCCUUCAUUUUGCAAGCUGGAAUGUACGUACAAUGUGUUCUGGACUCUCCGAAAAUUUAUUGCAAAUUGAGGACAUCUGCAAGACUGCAGUUAUCGACAGGGAGCUGGCGAGACUCCAUGUGGAUAUUGCAGCACUGCAGGAGACUCGGCUUGCUGGCAGUGGCUCACUACGAGAGAGUGACUACACUUUCUACUGGCAAGGCAAACAGCAGAAUGAACCAAGGCAACACGGUGUUGGGUUUGCCGUCAAAAAUACAUUCCUUGGCAUGAUAGAAUCACCAACCGCAGGCUCUGAGCAGAUUCUGCUCAUGAGACUGCUCACUGCGUCUGGCCAUGUAAACAUCCUGAGUGUCUACGCCCCAACACUCUACUCACCUGCGGAGAUUCAUGACCAGUUCUAUGAAGAGCAUCACAAUAUUAUUCGCAAAAUCCCGAGCUCUUGAGUACAUGUUUCUGUUGGGAGACUUCAAUGCAAGAGUUGGGGUUGACCACAAUGCGUGGCCCACACGCCUGGGCUAUCAUGGCGUCGGAAAAAUGAAUGCCAGCGGCCAAAGACUACUGAAGCUCUGCUCAUACCACAAUCUCUGUAUCACAAACUCAUUCUUUCACACAAAACCUUGCCAUAAAGUGUCAUGGAGACAUCCAAGAUCUCUUAAUUGGCACCAACUGGACCACGUCAUAACCCGACGAGCCCUCCUCAACUAAGUACUCAUCACAUGCAGCUACAACAGUGCAGUCUGUGACACCGAUCACUCACUGGUAUCCAGAAAGGUCAGACUACGCCCCAAAAAGAUACACCGCCUCAAACAAAAGCGUAUCAACUCUGCCAAGACCUCCCUCCCAGAGCUCGCUCAAUCAUUCCAGCACAGCCUUGAGCAGCCUCUACACGACACACCAGAUGGAAGCAUGGAGACAAAGUGGGCGCACAUCAGAGACGUCAUCUUCAAUGCAGCCAUCAAUACCUUUGGCAAGCAGACAAGGCAGAACACAGACUGGUUUGAGGAACACCUGGGUAUAUUGGAACCCAUCCUCCAAGCCAAGCGCAUGGCGCUCCUGAAGUACAAGCAAGUCCCAAGUACAGGAUCAUUAAGGGCUCUGAAAGCUGCCCGCAGUGCAGUUCAAACGACUGCCAGAUGCUGUGCCAACAACUACUGGCUGAACCUGAGCAGUAGAAUCCAACUCGCCUCUGACACUGGUAAUAUCCGUACAUUGUAUGAAGGCAUCAAGGCAGCCUUUGGUCCAAACAUCAGGAGCACUACCCCCCUGAAAUUCAGCACAGGGGCCAUCAUCACUGAUAAACAAGAGCAAAUGGCCAGGGAGGUAGAACACUACUCAGAGCUCUACUCACGAGACAAUAGUGUGUCAGAAGCUGCCCUUGCUGCACACUUCGGUAAGAAUUCAGACGAAAACGAACAAUCAUCGGCAUGUGCAUUAAGCCCACCGUUGCAUAAAUCAAAAGAUAACGGUUGCUUUAACAAGUAGUGCUGCUUCGAAGAGUCACAUAGCUAACAAAUCUUCACAUUAGGAUUAGAAACUCUCCAUGUUAGGCUUUAUGCAUGGUGUAUUUGUAUAUUUCACUGGCAAUGUUCUAAUACUUAAAUACGUAACAUAAUUAUAGUUGGUGGAACUGUUGUCUAAAUGUAGGCUUCAUUAUAACAUCUUGUAACUCAUAAUGUGAUCUUUUUUCAAAUAUUAUAGAUUAGCUAUAAUACUAAAAGAGGCAAAGGGAUAUCAGUCAAAAUAAUCUCCCGCAUUUGUUAUGCAUUGUUUGCAUAGAUCUCUUGUCACGUCAAAAAAGGUUUAAAACAUAAUAGCAUUUUAUUUAGACGUGUUUAUACAGUGAUACCUUAGUUGGUUUUGUAGAUGUAGGAAAUCACUAUUUAAAGAAGUCAUUGCUUUUUCCCCAAAUCAAAAUGUCCAUUGGCAGUUUUGUUUGAGGGGACAUUUGCUCCAUAGCACAAUCUUUGUGGGCUUUUUCAACAAAGUGGUGGUCAUAUUGUCGACCCUGGACGGAUGAUGGGCUGAGGCAGCCCCAAUCAGCAUUAAAACACAGAGUUUCCGACUGUGAGUGAAGCCCUCUAAUCCAAAGGUCUAGGUACAUCCCUCGCAAUUUCUUGCUCAGGCCACUGUUGGCACAAGGGCCCCAACGAGAGGUAGCUCUGGAGAGCCUCUCUGAAGAUAAUUUUCGCCCACUCUUCCACACUGGCCAGACGUCUUAGAAGCGGUGGGAGUACCCACAUUUUGCCUCACCACAUGCAAUAUGCUUACUGUAUUUACUUACCGUAGUGCUCCCAUUUAUACCGCUGGGUAAACAGAGGCGGGGAUUUAAGAAACGUGCCCCAUUUUAAAAUCCUUUAUAUUAAGUUCGCUUGCUUGCCUGCUUGCGCGCUUACGACCGUGCAAAUCUUUCGGUCGUUUUUUAACCCACUUCCCGUGAUCCAAUCGAGCUGACAUUUUGCACACAGACUUGUUGUGCGUGACAAUUUCUUUUCGUGAAAUUUUUUUUCCAAAAUGUGACACUUUUUAGGUACAUUUUUUAUUUAUUUAAUUACCAAUUGCUUAAUGGUGGCAGGCAAUCAUCUGACCCAUAGGUGGCAGCCAUCUCAAGCCAGAGGACGAGAGGACUCGAGCCGCCCGUUUCAAAGACCAAUGUGGGCUGGGUUGUGGCCCAUUGAACACGCAUAUAAAGGAUUUAUAGUGAAAAACUUUGUUUUUACGGGUUAAUUUUUUUCCACUGAUGCACUGGGAUCUCAAAUCGGCGACCUCAAUGUCAAAGGUCGUGUCAUUUUGUAUGUUGAACUUCUUUUCGCACUGUGUAUAGCCAGCCAACCGUGCUAAUCGGAGGUGCGGGGAAGGAAAACACCGAAAGUAAAAAGCAGUUUUGCACACAUUUCUGUUGGAAGUGGGCAUUGUGGAUAACAAGCUCAUAGGCUGAUAGAAUCAUUAUAUUUCGAAGAUUAAUCACUUUACAUGAACAUGUUUUAUUCCGUAUUUCCAUUAUGGCUUCCAAUUAUAAGGCGUGCAGCCAAAUGAACUGGAGAGUGGAUGACAUGUGCUUGCCAAAUCAGUCGAACUUACUUUGAAUAGAACUGCUCUCAAAUUUCCAUAACAGCCCACUUAAUGGGUUUGGCGAACGCAUGUCAUUAAGAACACGUCCUCGCGAGGGGCACGCGUAUAAUUGCAGAGGGUAUACUGUGACAUUCUCGAGAGGGGCAUGAUUCUUUUAAUUUAUAAUUUUGGGGUUUUUCCAAUUUUCCUUCUGUGACUUUGUUUUGCUGCUGCUCAAUGAAGAAUCAAGGUCCUAUGACUAGGAACCAUCUUAUAUCACAGUACAUGCAGUACAUGGAAUUGUAAGGGACACCUUUGCAGACAAACUUUGCAUCGUUUCCCAAAAUAUAUCUAUAUAUGUUGGGACAUAUACAUUUUUACACACUCCACGAUGAACACCGCUUUGUAACAGAACAAAACACGAUAUAAUUGGCUGUUCCAGGCAAUGGCCUAACGCAAUAGGAAAUGUGAGUCUUGUAAUAUGUAUUUUUGGUUAUUAAUGUAUUUGACAAAGUUAGUGAGUUUUAAAUUGUAUUAUUUUGUUCUUGUACACUAGUGUCAAUGCAGUUUGACUCGUUUUGACCCUCAGAGCUGGGCAUGCGCAAAUUAGAACACAAGCAUAAAUGAGGUGUAUUGACUGAAGAUAAGUUUGGCUUGAGCAGGAUACAUCACGAGAUGGGAUGAUAACUGAUGUACAAGACUAGCAACAGGUUGCUAGCCGAAGGAAAUAACACACCCAAAAGGACAACCGCCACAGAUAUGGAGCGAUGAGAUCAGGUCACGUACAGAAGUGAGAUAGAUUGUGGAAUCGCAAGACCAUGAAUGGUGAAGUUUUGGUGAUCAUCCAGCAGUGGAUAGAUCAUGAUGAAUAAGACAGUGUUUGUUGAUGGUGACAGUUUUGAGCUAUUGGCCUAUGAUUUUAAAUCACUGCCGUCGACGCCCCUUACGUUCAACAUGAAAUACAACAUGACCAAACAUGUUCACUCUCAUUUUAUUACACUU